AAAAUUUUUUGUCUGAGAUUCCAUCUUCUGCUUUGAAAAGAAUGAGUUUUAAGACAAACCUAAUUUUAUAACACGUGUGAAGUACUUUAACAUAAGUGGAAUAGGAUAGCGGCAAUUGUGUGUAAUUAAGGUGAUGUUGGCAAAGCUCAAAAGAUGAAGGCGCUAUGAACAAUUCAAGUUUGUUUGCAGAAGAUAACAGCAUUCCAUUGAAAGUUCAAAAUGUAGUUUUUAUCAGUAUUGCUGUAUUAGCGAUUUUUGGUAAUGGCAUUUUCUUAGUAUCAGUUUUACGAUCCAAAAGGAAACACUUGGGAUUAUCCGAAUAUUUGGUUUGCAAUCUUGCAUUUUGUAACUUUUUUUUAGUCGUUACGUCAAUACCACUUCAAGUUAUUGAAAUUAAUAUCGGGUAUUUUCCGCUCGGUUCUUACGGAUGCUAUAUUAUGUAUCCAUUAGCAACAUGGGCAUUAAUAUCUGUGACAGAGACACUGCUGUUUUUAUCUUUCGAAAGAUUCAUAGCAAUAAAAUAUCCAUUUAAAUAUAUUCAACUAAAAAAGUUUUCAAAGAUGAUUAUUUGGAUAUUUCAUUUGAUAUCGAUUGCAUCAGUUAUUCCUUAUGCAAUCAAUUUACAUAUUGUUGAACAUGAUAAUUUACCACAGUGCGAAGAAAAAUGGUCAAAACAAAUAAGUUCAAUCUAUACUGUAUCUAUGUUUGUUAUACAGUAUGGCAUACCAUUACCUGUUAUGUCAGCCUUUUAUAUAGUUGCGAUUAUAGAAAUUAAAAAGCAAAACGAUGAAUUUAUAAAAAUUUCGGAAAAACAAUACUCAUCGUUUAACAACAACCGUCUAAAACUUUCAGGGAACAGUAUUAACACAAAUUUGUUUAUAAAAUUGAGAGCAUACGGAAAAACAGUGAUGGGCUCAAGAUAUAAAAGUAGUAAUUCUCAAAAAAGGCAGAAACAGACUGUAUCAAUAUUCAAACUUUUUUUAAUUAUUGUUUUUCUUUUUGCAAUUUGCAUGAUUCCAAACCAAAUUGUCUGGCUAUGCAAGGCAUUUGAUAAGGUUUCUGUGAGUGGAACUUGGUCGACUAUUUGUUAUUGGUUGACUUACACAAACUCUGUUCUUAACCCAAUAUUAUAUGGAAUAAAUAAUAGAUUUCGAAAGUUUUAUAAAGUUUUGUUUAGACCGUGUUGUCGUGUAAUUGAUAAACAACUAUUUUAUUCUGAAUCCUUUUUUCAGUCAAAAACAGAAAACAUACUUUCAAGAACUUCAGUUUCAGUUCCUAAAACAGGGAAACGUAAAGAAAGAAUAAUUGAAAACUUUCAUUCAGUAGAAAAUGAUCAGCCCAGUCUUUUAGAAGAAAUUUGUUAUUUUCAAAGGUCCGUGUCAUACAGAAAAAACACAAUUACCGAAUACUGAUACUGUAGUACCAAUGUUUUAAAAAUUUCAGCUCAUUACUUGCGCUCCCUGUAUUGUGUUCCAAUGACCCUUAGAAGGGAUUAUUUAUUUAUAAAUAAUUUAAAUUAUAUAUGUAGUUUGUAAAUUAGAGUAAGAUUGUUGCAUCAGAUGCAACCACUUUUAUGAAUUUAUUUACACGCUAAUAGAGAUCGUAAAAGAAUUAUAUUUAUUUUUAUUAAA